AUGCUGCCUCUGAUCACGGCCUGCCCCAUCGAGGGCGGUUCCGGAACCAAUUUCUGUCCUGUUCUCAGGGGCUAUCGGUCCGUGCCGCUGAAGUCUCACCUCCUGUCCAUGCUGGGUGGCUUCAUCCUCUGCUCUGGGUUCUUCUUCUUCAACCUUGGAAACAAGUCGAUGAAUCUAACCAUCUCCUACUGCAUCGGCCAGUCGGCGCCGUUGGUUGGUAUCCUUUGGGGUACCUUCUUUUUCAAGGAGUUCGCGGGCACCUCCGCGGGCGUUUGGGGCCUGGUCCCCGUGGUCUGCGUGCCAGGCUCAGACGGUACCAAAGGCCCGUCUCAGGCCUUCAAAAUUGUUGGCGGGUUUUGUUUUUUGAGGCGUCGGUGCCAUGUCGCAGUCGCGAGGAGACAGGAAGAAAGAUGGUGUUGA